GGGGCGGUGUGUUUCCAGCCGGCGCUGUUUUUGGAGGCGCUGCCGGAAGCGGAAGUGGCGCUGGGGAGGGAUGGAGGAGCCCGAGAUGCAGCUGAAGGUGAAGAAAGUGACAGAUAAGUUCACAGAGAGCAUGUACCUGCUGGCCAACGAGCCCUCUGUGGCCCUCUACAGACUGCAGGAACAUGUCAGGAGGUCCCUGCCAGAGCUGGCACAGCACAAAUCUGACAUGCAGAGCUGGGAGGAGCAGAGCCAAGGAGCAAUUUACACCGUGGAGUAUGCCUGCAGUGCCAUCAGGAGCAUGACAGCCAGCAGUGUGUACUUCAGGAGCAUUGACACCCUGCUUAGACAUGCCAUAGCCCUGAAGGACCAGCUCAGUGCUGCUCAGACCCACAGCAGCCCUGCCCCACAAGCCAAGAACCCUCCAGCCAGUUCCUGAUGUCAGACAAGGCUGCCAGCCCUCUGCAGCCUCCUCAGAGGAGGGAGAAACCUCCAGGGAUGCUGCCCCAGGGGCUCUGCCUGCACCUCUGCUCCUGCAGGACCAAAUCCUGGGGGUAGGAGAGCCUUGGGGGGAGCAUUUGUGUCCUUGUCCCCAUUUUACAGAAGGGAAAUGGGCUAGAUCUGCAUUUGCUUGGCUUCUCCUAGCAGCCUGCCAUCAAUGUGCUAGUUGUUUUGGGGUUUUUUUGUUUUUUUUUUUCUUCUCUCUCUACCUCUUGGCCACAGAAAUAUCUCAGAAAAAAAAAAAACCCAACCCCAGACUUGGUCUUGCUUUCAGUAUUUUGGAGAUGUUUGUGUGAGGAUGUAAUGGAGACAAACUUCAGCUCUGUGCAGGGGGAGGUUUUCCCUCUGUGUGCCAGGGAGUUAAUGAGGUUGCUUUUAGCGAGAACAAAAAUAAAAAGAGAAGAAAAAAAAAA